UUUUGUCAACAAUUCUUCAUGUGAGUCGUCAGCUGUGAGAAUAGACAGUGAGUUUGUUAUUGUUUCUUUAAAUAAUGAAUGAGACCACGGGGGCUGCGGCCCUGCAAAUCGCACUGUUAACCAUGAAGGAGCGCCGUCAAGCAUUGGAGAAUCGCGUGGAGUACCUGGAGGCCGAAAACCUGAUGCUGAUGCAGAAGUGCUCGCAGGUAGACCCAGACAAGUCACUCAAUGAGGUGGAGACCCUGGUCGAGCAGGUGGCCAAGUUAACAGAAGAAAAAUCACAGCUGCACAACAAAAUACAAAUGGUGACAAGUGAGAACAAGCAGUUGUGGUCGAGACUGUCGAAACUGACUGAGGACAAUAGAGAGCUUGAUACGAAGCUCACAAAGAUAAGUGACAAAAUCAAUCAGCACUCCCCACUGAUACGCUCAAAAACAUUCACACAGGAGAAACCGCACACCAAAUAUUUGCCAAAUGCAAUAGUUGACAAUGAUAUGAUAAUUAUGGAGUUUGAGGAUAUUUCAUUGAAGAUCUUGAACAGUAUGUCCAAGGAGAAGUCAGAGCUGGAGCUGCAGUGCUCACAGAUGUCAGAGCUUCAGAAUGAGGCAUUAACCUCUUUCGGAUUCAAUUUAGAUGAUGAUGAGAAUUCCAUGGUCGAGGACAUCGAGCAACACGUGAGCGCGCUGAAGCAACUGAAGAAUAACGUUCUUAUGCAAGGGGAACAAUUGGAACGGUUUCUGAAAGACUACGAAGCGGAUUUGAGUAAGGCCAGAGAGGACGAACGCGAACUGGAUCAUCUGGCGGACUGGGGCUCUUCAGCGGUUUUGGAGAAAGACAGAGUGUGCCCUAUGUGCAGAAUCGUUUUCAGUGCGAGCGACGAUUUUACGGAGUUCCAAAUGCACGUUCAGCACCAUUUUAUGAUUGAUUCGUGAUACAAACUAUAAUAAUAAUUUAAAAAGUUGAUUUGUUAUAUAUAAAUAAUACUAAGAUAAUAAAUAGGCAAUGAUUGCAA